GUGACCGACUGAAGUAUGACGGCCGAGGGACACCCAGAUCAGCGUCCCGGGGAGACCAGGGGUUAAAACAAGAGCGUUAUAUACGGAGUAGAGGACACCCCUUCUAUUCCACUAUGGUUCGUCUUUGGUCUUCAGCAAACUGUGAUGUGUAUAACCGGCACACUGUCCAUCCCGUUCCUCAUCACCCGCCAGAUCUGUGCCUCCCACCUGACUGAUGUCACAGCCAGACUCCUCAGCGUGUCCUUCUUCAUGUGCGGCGUAGCCACUCUCUUGCAGGACACCAUCGGUAUAAGACUGCCAAUCAUCCAGGGAGGAUCGCAUACAUUUAUUCCGCCGAUCGUCGCCAUGAUGUCGCUGAAGAAAUGGGAAUGUCCCCCAGAUGACAUUGCUGCUGGAAACGAAACGAUGGAAGCAGCAUGGAUGCCACGAAUACGAGAGAUUCAAGGAAACCUGAUGCUAGCCUCUCUGACUCAAGUCGUCCUAGGGUGUACAGGGCUUAUCGGUUUCCUUCUCAGAUUCAUCGGACCCCUCACCAUCGCACCUACUAUCUCCCUAAUCGGUCUGUCGUUAACCGUUGUGGUCAACGACUUCAGCAAGUCUCACUGGGGUGUGGCGUUUCUGUCCAUGAGUCUGAUUCUGAUGUUUUCGCUGUUCCUGGGUCGCUUCAAGCCGCCCGUGCCUUCCUUCACACGGGCUAAAGGUUGCCAUAUCUCAAGAUAUCCCAUCUUUCAACUAGCUCCGGUAUUGCUGGCUAUCGGCCUGUCCUGGCUAUUCUGUCACGUGCUCACCAUCACUGAUGUCUUUCCCAACAACGCCACGUCGCCAGGGUAUCUUGCCCGCACGGAUGCCGCUUCUAGACUGGAGGCCAUCGACAAUGCACCCUGGUUUUACUUCCCAUAUCCAUUCCAAUUCGGAAUGCCGACCUUCAGUGCUGCAGGAUACGUUGGCCUACUUGCUGCAACCAUCAGUUCAGUGAUUGAAUCUAUUGGAGAUUAUUUUGCUGCGGCAAGAGUAUCGGACGCUCCACCUCCCCCACCCCACGCUAUAAACAGGGGAAUAGCAAUAGAGGGAUUUGGGAGUAUAAUCUCUGGACUUGUGGGGGCGGGACACGCAACAACGUCAUACAGCGGCAACGUUGGCGCCAUUGCUGUGACAAAGGUUGCCAGUCGACGAGUGUUCCAAACUGCCGGCGUUUUGUUGGUCCUGUGUGGCCUUGUUGGCAAAUUUGGAGCUGUAAUAACUUUAAUACCGGAACCUAUCAUCGGGGGUCUAAAUGCUGUACUUCUCGGUAUGGUAGCAGCUGUUGGAAUCUCCACCCUCCAGUACACUGACCUCUCGUCGUCCCGAAAUCUCACGAUACUUGGUCUUUCAUUAAUGCUGGGGCUAGGCAUCCCUCAGUGGGUAUACGCAAAUCCAGACGCAAUAGAUACAGGCUAUACGGAACUGGAUCAAGUCAUCAACGUUCUUCUCGGCACAGCCAUGUUUGUUGGUGGAUUCAUUGGAUGUGUGCUUGACAACAUUGUACCAGGAACCCCGGAAGAGCGAGGGCUGACUAAAUGGCGACAGAAGCUUGUUGGAACAAGCGACGGACCGUCACAUGUGGAUGAGAUGAAAAUGUACGACUUUCCGUUCAUCAUGAAGUAUCUGAGACGUAUAGCCUGCUGUGCAUACAUACCAUUCAUGCCGACGUUUAGCAAGAACAUUUGCACCGCGAAAAACAAUGACGAUGAGCAUGAAAAUGUUGAAAAACAGCCAAACAAUGAACCUGCCGAGAUUAAGGUUGCUGAACAGCGCCUUUGAAUAUUUGGGUACAUAUUGAAGGUUCGUUUAUUGUUUGGACCUGGCUUUGCGGAUGUACAUGUACUCAUUUUAACAAACCUUAUAUCUAUAGAUAUAUAUUUUUCUAUCAGUUAUACAUCACUGUGAAACAUAAUACCGUAUUCAUAUCGAUGUGUCAUUUCGUCCAUGCAAAUUAUACUUACCGGGUAACGUUUCGUAUCAAUAUAUUCUAUUCUGAAAGUCAUGGUCAAUGUGCACUGACACACAUGUGUUGUUAUGUCUUAUUAGAUAUCCGUUGGUCCUGUUCUGAAUCCCUCUGAAACCUGAGCGCAGAUGGUACAAUGUCCGCCCAUCAUAAGCACCUCAAUGCUAUCUACCAAAUGUUAUGACCAGAAUGCUUCGUAUAUGUAACUAAAGCUACGAAAACUGUUGACCCUACAGUUAUCAUUAAUUUCCGUAUUUCAUAUAAUUUGCACAGCAAGUGUGCCCUAUACUCCAAAUGGAAUUUGUUUCGACGGGUAAUCAAUACUGGUUUUCCUGUUGUUUUGACGUUUUACGUUUACAUUUGUAUUAUAUUUAGGUUUAUACAGUCACAAAAUAAAACUUUAAGCCAGGU